AUGUCGCACUGGUUUCACAGAAAUAAGCUAAAAGGCACGAUUGCUCAGAAAUUCGAUGGAAAGGGGAUCGCCGUCAAAACUCCCGCGGAAAAAAUGCUGCAAGAUCUGAGAACAAACAGGGCGAAUCUUCUAGCGCUGUUCACAGAUGAAGUUGCCAAUCCAGCUACUGUAAUGGAAAAAGCAAAUUCGUAUUUCGAACUGCUUGUCGGUUUAUCUGAUGUUACAUCCAGCGACAACAAACUUCGAUAUUCUUUCCGUUUCAAAUGGUCAGAUACCUUGGUCAUGGACGGAAAGCCAGAAGUCCAUCAAGACGCCCAAUUUGAACUCGCAUCAAUGAUGCUCGAAGUUGCGAUCUGGCUCUCAAAGUACGGAGCGAGAGUUUCAGCGAAAGAAUCCAUAUCAGAAGACGACGCGAAAGAGGUCUUGAAGAUGUUCAAAAAAGCUGCGGGAAUUUUCCAGGCAAUUCCGUCUCAAGCGGAAAGGCUCCUCGACAAGCCAGAUCCAGGGACUGAUCUUGAUCAUCAUAUUCUCGACUGUUACAUGUUGCAGUCGAAAGCAGAAGCUCAAGAAGUCACUAUCGCCCGCGCUGUCCAGCUAAAGCACAAAAGCUCUCUGAUCGCGGCGCUGGCGAAUGAUACCAAACACUUCUUCGAGCAAGCGGAUAAACAACUUGCCGCGAUCAAAAACGACGAAAUAGUUGGCAAAUGGCGGAAAUACCUGCAACUUAAGAUCGCCUUUUACGACAGUUACACUUGGUGUUAUCAGGGAGCUGCUGAAUUGGAAAAGGAAGAGUGCGGAACUGCCGUCAAAUGUCUCCAAUACGCCAGAGAUCAGUUUAUCCACUGUGGUAAAGUCUGUGAGCAGUACAAAAAACAGAGUGGCGCUGGAAAUACUGUUCAUCCAGAUAAAGCGAUCUUCUUCCUGAACUACGGCAAAGAGCUCAAAAGACUACUUGAAAAAGCUGAGCGGGAAAAUGGCUUUAUUUACCAUCAAAAAAUUCCGGACAAGCUUCCUGAACUGAAUCUAAAAGCUACACAUGGCCUUGCUGAACCCGAAGCAUACUCACUGCCUGAGAAAAGCUCAAGAUGGGGACCCGAGCUCAUGGGAGCUUUUGAUCUAUCGGAAAUUUCAAAGCGCGAAGAACGAAAAGAAAAACGCUCCGACAAUCGAGAAAAAGUCCCGGAUAUUAAAGAACCCGAUGUAAAAGUCACAAAAGAUAAUGCCUGCUCGAUUAUGUAA